AUUGGCAACGACCAUACUCAAUUUUUAAGUUUGCAAAAUUUAUUCAGAUAAAAGUAUGGAUAGAUUUUUUUUAUAGUUUGAGUAUUAAUUAGUUAAAAUCGAUAAAUUGUGACCGAAUAGAAAAAUAGAGAAUAGUUUGGAAUACAUAUAUAUAAAAGAAUAUUUUCAGGAUAGUAGUAGGUAGAAAAAUAUAAAUGGAUAUAAUAGAUUUGAUGAAUUUACUUUAUCGGCGUUGAGAUUUCUGCUUUAAUUGAUUGAUCACUGGAUCUUCUGGAUGAUCGACACAUAGACUCUCGGUCAGGAUGAAGGGAGAAAAAAAUGAAUAAAUAUGGAGAGUGAGUGAGGCGUUGAAUGCUCAUUGCUAGCUCCCCUCGCUCUCCUCUCUGCAUUCUACUCCCUUUCUUUUUCUGAAAGGAAAGUGGGAAAAGAAAAUGGAACAGGAAUUGGAUCUUCAGAAUCCGUUGACGGUUUACGACGACCUCCGCUACGACGACGUUUCGUCUCUCUUCACCAACGAGUCCGACCACAUGCCGCGUCUUCUCUCCUUUGACCCCUUAGAUUUGCGCUUCUCUAUUCGCCGGACUGCUCUCUCUCUCAUUCUUCAAGCGAAGUUCUCUUACGGUUUAGAUCCGUUUCUAGUCUACCUCUCUGUCAAUUACGUCGAUCGAUUUCUCUCCAACCAGGAAUUUCUGGAUAAAAGUCCGUGGAUUCCACACAUUCUGUUUGUUGCAAGUCUUUCACUUGCCGCCAAGAUGAGAAAUUCUGAUUCUUCGGUUCUGCUCGCCGUUUUACAGAGGGAAGGUGGUUAUGAGUUUGAGGCACAGUCAGUUCAUCGAAUGGAGAAGAUUAUACUAGCGGCCCUGCAAUGGCGGAUGCGAUCCAUCACUCCUUUCUCGUUUCUUCAAUAUUUCCUCUCUCUUCUCAACACACAAGACUCUUCUCUGACUCAAUCUCUCAAGACCCGAGCUUCCGAUAUUAUUUUCAACGUCCAACACGAAUUGAAGCUUUUAGAGCAUAAACCAUCGAUAAUUGCAGCUUCGGCACUUCUCUGUGGCAUUCAGGAAUUGAAUCCGCUCACAUUUUCUUCUUCCAAAAUCACUCUCUCUUCCUGUGGAUACGUCAACAAAGGCGCGUUGUUGGAAUGCGUGGGUAUGAUGAGUAGUGUCGUGGAGAGGCAACGUACAAGCGAGGACGGUUUUCCGGAAAAGCGGCGCAGGCUAAACGGUUUAUGCGACAAUAGAACAUUCCAGAUCACUCAGAUACAGCAGUGUUGACACCGUGUAAACACCUACUCAAAUUUUGGAAAAAUACAUCUUUCAGUGGGCGAUCA